UUAUCUUUUCUCCUUUGCCUCUGCUUUCAGUCUGAUACCAUUAAACUUUAAAGCCUGCACUCCUGUGUUUUCUCUCCGUCCCUUUGUCAGUGUCACCUCAGGGAUUUCAGUGCCCAGUUUUGCCUGAACCCAUCCGCCAGCCCCAGGUGCUCCAGCUCCUCGGAUCCCUGAGUUUUAUGAGAACACGACGAGGGGAGGGGACGAGGCAGAGGGAGAGAGAGGAGCAGGGCGGCGGGGCCAGCCGGAGAUAUCGGGGCCGCUCACGGGCCCACACCCCGAUAGCGCGGGGCCAGCUGGCGCCGCUCCACGCCGGGAGCGCCGGUAAACAACGACGGGAGGGGACAGCGGGGCACCCGCGGCCCGGGCACUGUGGGUCAUGUCGGAUGGGCAAUGGCCACAGAACAGCAAAUUCCCGCCUGGUGUCUGCCCCCAGAGAGCCGGGGAAACGGAGGAUGUGUAGGGAGAAAACGCAUUGGCACCACGGCGGUAAAAUCUGGGGGAAAUCCCCAGAGAAUGCGGCUCCCCAGCUCUGCUUAAUGCUCAGCUCAUUCAUCAUGGUUUAAUGCACGAAACGGUGAAGGUUUCCUACUCGAUACAUCUUUUUUACAUAAACGUGAAGUGGCAGCGGGUAGGGGCUGUAAUUCCCUCGCAGCGCUGGGAGCCACCAUUAGAGCUGCGGUUCGGGUCAGCGCUCCGGGGGUGCCGGGAGCUCCCGCCCGCCGCCGCUGCUCGGGCGGCUCCACGGGAAAGCUCCCCACAAACAAGGAUAAAUGACCUGCAAAGGCUGCGGUCUUUUCCUUCAUUUUUUUUCCCCCGCCAAUAAAUCGCGCUACGUAGCUUCACGAGCGUUCGCUAUGAGCGCAUGGCUCCCGCAGCAGGUCUGAGCGUGAGGUGAAACCGACAUAAAGCUUUUGUUGUCAGGGAGGAAUGAGAUUUUUGAGACGAGGCACGGAGAUCACGCCACUCCCCCCUUGACUCCCGCACCACACGCGGAGCCCGUCCCGGCACAGCCACGGUCCCCCGUUGUGUGCGCGGAGCCCGCGGCGGCCCCGGGCCGUGAGGGCCGCUCCCCCUCCGCCGCCAUCGCCGCGCCGCUCCCCGCCGCCAUCUUCGUCCAGCCCGCCGAGGCCCGCGGGCGCCAUCUUGUGCCCGGGGCCGGCCCCGCCAUCGCGCGGCAACGGCGGCGGCUCCGGCGGAGUCCCGGAGGCCGGGAUAGCAAACCCCGGCCGGGCCGCAAGGCAGGUGGAAUUUGCGGGAGUGCUGACAAAUGCAGGGAACAUCUCGCAUGGAUUUUGUGAGAUGGCUGUGACCCUCUCUGUUCCUGGAGUACAUGAAACGGAAGCUCCAGUUAAGCCCAGAGCAAUGUAGCAACUUCUACGCGGAACAAUUUGGAAAAGUGUUUUUUCCUAAUUUAACAGCCUAUAUGAGUUCUGGUCCUAUAGUUGCUAUGGUUCUUGCUAGAAAUCGUGCAGUGGCAUACUGGAAGGAAUUGCUUGGACCAUCCAACAGCCUGAGAGCUCGGAUAACUCAUGCUAACAGCUUAAGAGCACUCUACGGGACUGAUGAGCUGAGGAAUGGGCUCCACGGCAGUCUCAGCAUCUCCUCAGCAGAGAAAGAAAUUCGAUUCGUGUUUCCAGAAGCAAUUUUGGAGCCAAUUCCCACAGGACAAAGAGCUCGGGACUAUCUGAACCUGUAUGUGAAGCCCACGCUGCUGGCAGGGCUCACUGCCCUGUGCAAAGAGAAGCCAGCAGACCCCAUGAUUUGGCUUGCAGACUGGCUGAUUGAACACAAUCCUAAUAAACCUAAACUACAGUAUCGCAUCUCCAAGGAAGAGUAUCGGCAGUGAGAGCUUGGUGGGAACCUCUCACACAUUGCAAGUUACACCUGUGUGCUGUCAUUGUUGUGUGUCCUUUGACUGUAUAACAAAUACUAUCUAAAACAAAUGCAUUUGUCAUAACUACUUGUAUCCUCAUGGGAUAAAUAACCUUCCACUUAACCAGGAUGUAGUGGUUCUAGUACCUUCUCUACUGACAAAGUGAAUGUAGAAUUACACAAUAAAUUUAUGGCAUUGGGUGAUUAAAAAUAAAUUAAGUUCUCACCGGAUGUGA